AAGAAUUUAUUUCUAUCAUAACCUUUCAUUACUAAGUCUCAUAUCGUGCCUGCAAGAUCGUUCAUUUACUGUACGAUAAAUAAUAUAUCGACAAAUUUAUAUUCAUAUAUUGAAUAACUAAUUCUGUAAAAAUGUCAUCGAGUGAAGAAUCCGACUCCAUUUCGACUGAGAGUUUCCAAGAUCUCAAGUGCUCAGAAGAACUGGACCGUUCAUCGCCGACAUUGUGGCCAAAACACUUGGUGGAGAAAUUCGUUCACAAAAACAAUGUCAAAGUUGAUGAUGAUGGUGACUCUUGGAAAGAAUUAUUAUUCAAUAUCCAGGGAAAGGAUUUGCUCGAAAUUAACGACUUGAGCAAGCUUACAAUGCUUGAUCUUAUUGCCAGAGCCAAGAAAAUUCAAGAUUGGGCCUACGAACUUGAACUCGAGGAAACUAAAGAAAUAAAUCGUGCUAAAUAUCUGGGUAUUUUUGAAAAGUAAUGAAAUUAUUUUUUGUUUAUACUUUUAAACUUGAUUAUUUUUGAAUAAAAUGUGAAACUUUUUCU